AUGGAGGUCGAUAGCGAUAAUGGCCUGCUCGGCAAGGUCGCAUCCGGCUGUUCAGUCGAAAAGGAGGCUUGGCCCGCCUUGCGCAGCGACAUUCUCUCGAGACUCGACUCGAUCGCGCACAACGACUUUCCGAUCCCAAAACUCCCUCCCCCGCCACCGACCCCCGAAACCGCUGGGGACAAGCUCGCGUCUACGCAGCCGUCAUCACCACCCGGCGACUCGUCCCAAGAAGCCAACAAGGAGAAUGCGCCGACCGAGUCGCUCCCCGCCACGCAGCCCAUCGAAGGGACGCUCCCAAAGCAGCUCGCCGAUAUGCUCUUCGACAUCACCAGCCACCUUCAGACCUUUGAUACCUACCCGCCUCAUACGAUCCAGCGCCUGGCCGACCUGAUCUUGCAGCCUCACGCGCACUACAAGGCGCUGGCGCCUUAUUUGCAUGCUGUUGAUCGCACCGUGCAGGUGACUUCGGGGACCAACAUCUACCCUCUGCCCCCGCCCAUCCCCGACAUGUCAUCGAUGCACCUAAAUGGCGAAGACGCAAACGAUCCGGCUGUGUCGGUCGCGUGGAGCAAUCCCACAACGGCAGCUUUGGGCACAGACGAGGCGUUGGGAGGAGCUCUUUUGACUCCCAUCCCGUGGCUAACGAGGCGCAGCCCCGACAGCGGACAGAACACGCCUGGUGCGCAGAUUCACAGCGAAAGCACAGAAACCAUCGAUGGCCCCAAUGGCGUGGGUAGUAUCGAAACCGUCUCCGUCAGUGUAAAUGGCAUUCCAUCAACGGGACAUGCACGUGGCGUCACGCAGGGUGAGCUAUUGCGACAGGAGCAACGAGCAGGAGUGGUGCCUGUAAGUCAGUUGUCACGAGCCCAAGAGGCUGCCCACGAGGGAGGUCUCACGAUGGGAGAGGAGGAGGAAGAAGAGGAGGAGCAGCUUCGGCAGCGCCAACAAGAACAAGAACAGCAGCUACAGCAAGCCCAGGAGGAAGAAGAGGAGACACCACAUGCACGAGGACCGGAGGAGAUUGGUGUCGACGACACAGGCCCUCAAUCUUCAACAACAAGCUACGUGGGCGAAGGUGGUCUAGAAAUGCAGGGCAUUGACGUUGAGGCCGCCGUUGGGAGAAAACACGAUGGAGACGAGCACAAGGCAGAUGAUAGCAUGGAUGCUGAUGGAGAUGCCGAAGGCGAGAGUGAAGCCAAGAGCCCCAGCGCGGAGAGCGUUGGCACGAAACGUGAGGCUGAACAGGAGCUCGAAGGUGACGCACUAAAGAAGGUCAAGGAGAAUGGGGUUGAGGGCGAACUCAAGGACAAGGAUGUUACCGAGGCAAACGGGGAAGACGAGAAGAAGGCGCCGACAGACGAGACAAAGAAGGAUGAUGACGGUGACAAGAUGGAUACGGAAUAA